GACGUAAUCGGUUCCUGCGUAGAGACCAGCAAGCUUUUGUGGCCCGUGCGAAACCAGUUUUUCCGCAACGGAACGACCUUUUCUGCGGUGGAAUCAUACGGAAGAGUUCAAGAUUUCGCACCGGCCCAGGAACACCCCCCAAACCAUGUCUGUGGAAAAGAACUAGUGGACAAAUGCAUUGGCUCUCGCAUUCACAUCGUCAUGAAGAAUGAUAAGGAGAUUGUUGGAACCCUGCUUGGGUUCGAUGACUUCGUCAAUAUGGUGCUUGAAGAUGUCACAGAGUUUGAAAUCACGCCAGAGGGCAGGAGAAUCACAAAACUUGAUCAAAUUUUGCUGAAUGGCAACAACAUCACAAUGUUGAUUCCAGGAGGAGAAGGACCAGAAGUCUAAAAAAAACACCUACCUCAAAUGAAAAUACAAUUUAUGUUCAUGUUUCAUGGAAGUUUCCUGUAAAAUGAUCAAUUCUUGUUUUCAUGGUUUUCAUUUGAUGGUGUUCAUUUUUGUGAAGUUUUCACAUUAGCGCCUUUAUUUUUUAUUAAGCAAUCCAAAACAUUUUGUAAACAUUUGUUCAUUAUUAAAAUAAAAUGAAAUGA